CAUCAUACUCAAGUUCUCCCAUUCAAGGCAUUUCUCUUGUUGAAGCAACGAGAACUGGCUUCAGGAGGCUAUUUGAUUAUAUUGAGGGCAAGAACAAUUACAAGCUGAAAAUUGAGAUGACAGGACCUGUGAUCACAGAAGUUUCACCGAGUGAUGGACCCUUAUGUGAAUCCUCAUUUGUUGUGAGCUUCUUCGUGCCAAAAGAGAACCAACCAAACCCUCCUCCUGCAAAGGGUCUCCAUGUCCAAAGAUGGAAAAAUGUGUAUGUAGCAGCAAGACAAUUUGGUGGAUAUGUAACUGAUUCAAAUGUUGGGGUGGAAGCUGCUGCUUUGCAAGCUAGUAUUGCUGGCACUGAUUGGUCUGCUGCAAUUGACAAAAGCCACAGAGCUGGUCAUGCUUCUGUUUACACUGUAGCACAAUACAAUGACCCUUUUGAAUAUGAUAAUAGGGUGAAUGAGAUAUGGUUCUUGUUUGAUAUGGGAAAUGAACUUCAUGCAAUGUGAAGAAGUGUGUGAGAAGACAUUAACUAUUUUCACGACUUUACAUGUUCUACAAGAAAGCUAUGAGUACAUCACAGUUUAAGUUACUAGAGCAUCUGAAAUUGAUAAAAUUAAGUGUUGAACUUCUUGCUUAAGCAAAUGCUUUUAACUUGAAUAAUAUUUUGGAUCAUUAGUUUGUGUUUAGAUUUCCGUUUGGAAAGUUGCAAACAGUAAUUUGAGUAAAAACUUGUUGCUUGUAUCUUUUAAACCU